AUGGUAAGAAUGGUUGUUUCAGUAUCCUAUCUGCUUUUAAGAUAACCAUUGGAGACUUCCAUAAAUAAUCUUCCAGUUUGGUUUCAUAAUACAGUUAUUUAGUAGUCCAAUUGUUUUUAUUUUGAUUAUAUAUUUUGUGGUUUUAUAUUUUGAUUUUGUUCUGUGAACCGCCCUGAGAUUUCUGGGUACAGUGGUACCUCUAGAUACGAACGGGAUCCGUUGCGGAGCCCCGUUCGCAUCUAGAAGCAAACGUAACUAGCGAUGGCACGUCUGCGCAUGCUUUUCACCAGUUCUGCGCAUGCGCGUGACAUCAUUUUGAGCGUCUGCGCAUGCACAAGUGGCGAAAGCCAGAAGUAAUGCGCUCCGUUACUUCCGGGUUGCCGCAGAGCGCAACUCGAACGCGCUCAACUCGAAGCGUAUUCAUCCUGAGGUAUGACUGUAUAGGGCACCAUAUAGAUUCAGUUAUUAUUAAAAAUAAUAAAUAAUAAUAAUAAUAAUAAUGGUAUAAUUUGCUUCUCACACAUUAUCUCAGUAAUCCUCACAAUUUUAAAAAAGUGGUUUCUUAGACUUGUAUAUCACUUUACAUUAAAAAGCAAUUUACAAUGCAGUAGACCUGCAACUGACACGGUGGUUAACGUUCCAUGGAUAGUGCAUAAAGCCAAAAUCACGCAUAGUGAAAACACAUCGGGUGCAGUGGCAGGUGGGAUUGCAAAAGUUUCUGCCUUCCCUUUAAAUUAUUAUUGUUAUUGUUUUAUCAAGUGCAUAAAGCCGAAUGCACACAAGUUAAAUGUGCCAAAGUUGCGGGUCUACUGCACAUGUAAAAUGCAAUAAAACAUAAUAAAAACAUUGAAACAAAUGAACAUACCGUAUUUUUUGCUCUAUAAGACUCACUUUUUCUCUCCUAAAAAGUAAGGGGAAAUGUGUGUGCGUCUUAUGGAGCGAAUGCAGGCUGCGCAGCUAUCCCAGAAGCUAGAACAAUAAGAGGGAUCACUGCUUUCAUUGUGCAGCGAUCCCUCUUGUUGUUCUGGCUUCUGAGAUUCAGAAUAUUUUUCUUCUUCUUUUCCUCCUCCAAAAACUAGGUGCGCCUUAUGGUCUGGUGCGUCUUAUAGAGCGAAAAAUACGGUAAUCAAUACAGUAAUAAUUAUAUAAAACACGCUAGCCUGGAUUGGAUAGCUUUAACUAAAAACUAAUGAUGGGCAUGCUUGAUUUAAGAUUUUAAUUCUUCUCCACUUCCCAGACUGUGACCUUUAACUCAUUUGCAUGUACUUCCUGUGUCAUAUGCAUAGGAUCCGUCCUACAUAAAUACAUUGCAGUUGAAUUAUUUUUUCCUCUGGGCUGUAGACUUGAUCAGGACUUCAGUGCAAAUGUUAUUUAGGCCUUUCCCCUAAACAUUCCUGAAGCAUCUUUGCGGAAGCCGGUUGAAUGCCCAUACCUUGUAAUUCCUGCAAGAGGGGUCAAGUUUCCACAAUCGGAAAACCUGCCUGUUUGAAGGGAGAGUUUUGUUUGCAUCCUGAUAUUCUAUGUGUGCAUUCUGAGCCAGACACCUGGGGUAGGGGGGAAGCUAACUAGUUGUGGAAAUGCAUUACUUUACUUGCAAAAGGAUAGCUAAACAGAAUUUGGGGGCGGCGUGCGUUAUUGGGUUGUUGUUUUUAUUUUGAUUAUAUACAUUGUGGUUUUAUAUUUUGAUUUUGUUCUCUGAACCGCCCUGAGACCUCCAGGUAUAGGGCGGUAUAUAAAUUCAAUAAAUAAAUAAAAUAAAAGAAUAAAUAUUAAACUUUUUGGCUGUCUGCAAAUAAUUUUAAGAUACUUUUGUGUGUGCUGCUCCUCUUGCUCUGAGAUAACCCGGCUUAAUUGUAUUGCUGAUUUGGCUGCUGUUUGCCUGAACUGCUGUGAAUAAAUAAUAAUUUUUCCUCACCACCCCCAGGCUGUGACCCUACACACCGAUGUGGGAGAAAUUAAAAUAGAGCUAUUCUGUGAAAGAGCACCCAAGGCAUGUGAAGUAAGUGAUGGCCCCCCCUUCUCUUUCCUUUCCCCCCCCCCCGCCCCCAUACAGACUACAGGAGGGGGAGAUAGGACACAUUGCUCUUUCCAGAGGUCUGAACUGAUGGCUUGCAAAGGGCUAUUGAAAUUAGGCUAAAGGGCCACAGGUUGCCCACCUCUGUCUGUUAAAUAAUAUGAGCAGUCACCUUCCACGUUUAGAUUUCAUAUACCAAAUCGAGAGCCGGUGCGAUGAGUUAGUUGAGUGUGUUGGACUAUAGUAUCUGGGAGACCAGGGUUGAAAACCCCCACUCAGCCACGAAGCUACCGUAUUUUCGCUCUGUAAGACGUGCCAGACCAUAAGGCGCACCUAGUUUUUGGAAGAGGAAAACAAGAGGGGGAAAAUUCUGAAUCCCAGAAGCUAGGACAGCAAGCGGGAUCGCUGUGCAGUGAUCCCAGUGGCUGUCCUGGCUUAUGGGAUAGCUGCGCGCAGCCUCUCUUGGGUAGCGGGAUGAAGGCUCCCCUUUCCCGGCUCCCCCAAGAGCCACGCUCCCUUUAAAGAGCCGCACACACGCUCCACGCGGCUCUUUAAAGGGAGCGCUGAGCAGAGCCUCCCUGCCUGCAUUCGCUCCUUAAGACGCACACACGUUUCCCCUUACUUUUUAGGAGGGAGAAACUGUGUCUUAUAGAGCGAAAAAUACGGUAACCGGAUGACAUUAGGUCAGUCACUGACCUUGGGUCUCUCUUAGCCUAACCUACCCCAUGGGGUUUUUGUAGGGAUUAAAUGGGGUGGGGGGGGAGAAUCAUGUAUGCGACCUUCAGCUCCUGGCAGGAAAUGGUUGGAUAAAAAUUGAAUAAAAUACCGUAUUUUUUGCACCAUAACACUCACUUUUUUCCUCCUAGAAAGUAAGGGGAAAUGUCUGUGCGUGUUAUGGAGUGAAUGCCUACAGAUGGCGGGGGGAUCUGCUGCAGUCGUGAGCAGAGGAUCCAUGGUUCCCCUUCCUUCCCUCCUCCGUGGCUCGCUUUGAAACAGCAAAGCGGGAGAAGAGCCGCUGAGUGGGGAGGAGAGAGGGACAGAGAGCCUCCUUGCUUUAAAGGAGCAAAGCGGGAGAGGACAGGAGUCUUCUCCUCUUAUACCCCUCUUCUGCGUUAUUAACAGCAUCCUUCUCCACCCACCCCACGUGUGUUCCUUGUCCCUUGAGUGCUUUUCCUUCCCUCCCCACUUAAAACGUGGUUACAAAGCACGGAUCUACAUGGAUCCUCAGGAUUUUUGCAUUGGGUUACCCCAAACUCACCGUCAGAUUACAUGUCUGUGGCCACAGCAUGAACCAAAAAAAUCAUACAUCCACUGUUUCGUUUAGAAUAUUUUUUUUCUUGUUUUCCUCCUCUAAAAACUAUGUGCGUGCUAUGGUCGGGUGCGUGUUAUAGAGUGAAAAAUACGGCAAUUCAGUUAAAUUAAAUUCUCAUUAAGGUACAAUCGAACAUGAAAAGGUAGGUAGGGUUAGUGAAUCAUCCUUGUUUCCUGUUAGAAUAGGUGCUUUCAUUCCUUAGUAGGCAGUCUGCUGUAAUUAACAGCUACGCCCUGACGCCUUUGCACCCGCUGAUCCAGUUUCCUUUGAGGCACGUUCUGUUUUCAAAAUAGUUUCACCAGAUAAAGAUAAGCCAGUCUUCAGUUCAUUCCAUCGGCUGCAAAUAGUAGAACACAACAUAAAUGAAUGUGGCGUUCGGAUAAAGAUUUGUUAUUUCAUAACAACAGAUGAAAAUUAAAAGAUGAAAAACCAAGCAAGAAUAAAAAGGGGGAAAAGGAAAGGGGAAAAAGAAUGAAAGAAAAAAGUAAGAAUAAAAGUUGUAUACACAUAAAGGAAGACUAUUUAUGUUAUUUGAUUCCCAAGUAUCAUUCCAGAUUUGUCAAGGUUGUCUUGAAAAAGAUGCUUCCACUGUGUAUGUAACAAAGGGAUGCCAAAUUGUAUAAAAUUUGUCUGGAGGUUUUAGUCCUUGUCUAAAUCUCAAAUUAUGUGGAACUUUCUCCAUUAUAGCUAUAUUAAUAUAAAAUGAAUGCUGGUUAGAUGAAAGGUUCUUCCAGGCAGGAGUUUAUUUUGCAUUGCCAGCAGCUUGUCUAUGCAAGUUUUACACACAGUUGUUUUUAGCAAAAUUUUGUUACAUUUUAAUCUGGAUUUUCUAACACCACAAAAAAUCAGAUUGGCAAAAAAUAAUGGUUUAAAUAAUUUAAAGGUUACAGCAGUUAGUGCUGGAAAGAAAAGGGAAAAGAAAGGAACAUGUGAUUCAAAGGGGACAAAAUUUUAUGUCCUCGUACCAUUUUGCAUUUUACUGCUGGUUUAUUUCUUAACUAGGCUUCUGGUUCUUUUUCUAGAAUUUUCUGGCACUCUGCGCUAGUAACUACUACAAUGGCUGCAUUUUUCACCGGAAUAUCAAAGGAUUUAUGGUGCAGACUGGAGAUCCAACAGGUAAUUCCUUUUUUUAAAGUUAGAUAUGUCUUAAACCAUUCUCUUGGAGCACUGAGAGAAGCAUCAGUCAACAUGAGAACUGUUGUUGUGCUAUUGAAUUCUUUCAAACAAAUAGAUACUAAUUUUGAAUUUUAAAAGGCAGUACUGUAUAUGCAAGGAAGGCCAGUCAAGGCUACAGGCUAUAUAGAUCGUAUUUCAAAAAAAGUAUCCAGUGCAUCACAAUCAUAAUACUUAGCCUGUUUGUAGAGCCCCAUUAGAGCAAUCUUAUAAUGUAGGCCAACUCUAAUAUCCCAUGUUGCCUAUGAAGGCUUGAGAUACGGAGAAUAGUGAUCUUUCUAAGAGUGGCAAGUUCACGGUGGUGAGCAUUGAAUUGAAACUCUGCAAACCAGGAGAUUCUCAAUUCGACCUCCUGAUUCACAGCUCAGUCCCUUAGUGAAAUGGCUGGUUCUUGUAUACAACAGGAAAUUGAGAAAACACUCGUUAGUGAAGGUGCAAAAUAUGUGAGAAAAGGUCAGCUGCAAGUGGAAUUUGCUGUGACUUUUCUUAGAUCAGUGGACUCUGCUCAGAUAUUGAUAGCAUCCACCUGGUUCCUUCAUGCUGACCUGUUAAUAUCAUCCUUUGCCAACAUAGAGAUUGGAGCCAGUCAGAUCAAUGUCUGUUUCCUUUGAAAUUGGUGGUAAUAUUUAACCCUAGUACCUAAUAACUAUUGGGACGUGGGUGGCACUGUGGGUUAAACCACAGAGCCUAGGACUUGCCGAUCAGAAGGUUGGCGGUUCGAAUCCCCGCGACGGGGUGAGCUCCCGUUGCUCGGUCCCUGCUCCUGCCCACCUAGCAGUUUGAAAACAUGUCAAAGUACAAGUAGAUAAAUAGGUACCACUCCAGCGGGAAGGUAAACGGUGCUUCCGUACGCUGCUCUGGUUUGCCGGAAGCGGCUUAGUCAUGCUGGCCACAUGACCUGGAAGCUGUACGCUGGCUCCCUCGGCCAAUAAAGCGAGAUGAGCGCCGCAACCCCAGAGUCGGUCAGGACUGGACCUAAUGGUCAGGGGUCCCUUUACCUUUACCUAAUAACUAUGCAAGUCCUAAAUCAUCUGAAAGGUGCUUAAGAAGGGGAAAUCUAGGGGGUUAGGCUUGGACAUCAUCUGAACGUACAUGAUUUGGGAACCUUUCAGAAUCUAACCAGAAUCUGCACGAAAGACCACUUGGGAAUCCAGUGCAAGUUCCUUUGAGUUCUAUGAUAUUGGGGGAUAAUAGCGUCAUAAAUAGGUUGCUUCUGAAAUGGAGGUACAAUACAGUUCUCCCAAUUCUGGCUCUUUCUACCCUGUAGAUGCCUUGCAAUAUGUUUGCUUUAUUGUCUUCUUGCAUAUUUGGGGAGUUCAGGGGAGUGGCAUGGGGUGUUCUCUGAUCUGCAGUGAGGUUUUUGAGAGAUGAGAAAUGGCAUGAGUCUGUUAUGCUGCUGAGAAAGUCUUUUCAUUAUUUCUUGCCUUUUUUCCAAACAGCAGCACAAACCAGAGAGGACAUCUCCUGUUGCUUAGUCAUCACCAAUUUGCUACGGACUUAAGGGAGAUAUGUGUAUGUUGUGGACAUGGGGAAAAGGUGCCUGGAUUUGUAGGAAUCCUGCUAACCUAUCUACCCAACUUCCCCCAUCCCUCUUGUUCUUUCAGGCUCCGGAAAAGGAGGAAAUAGCAUUUGGGGGAGAAAAUUUGAAGAUGAAUACAGUGAAUACUUAAAAGUAUGUUUUGCUUUGUUCACUAACAGUUUCUUCUUGCUGUACGUUUAUGUGAACAGGGAAGUUGCCCUUUUUUUGGCUUGGAAGGAAACGACACAAACCCAGAGAUGUAGUAGCAUAUAAUAAUAAUUUAUUGCAUUUUAGUGUGUUACAUUUUAAGACCAUCUAGUGAAAGGCAGGAGAAAAAUGCUAUAAUAAUAAUAAAAAGACUUGUUUUUGGGUCCCCACUCCCACUUUCCAUCUUCCUCUCUCAGCACAGUGUCCGUGGAGUUGUUUCUAUGGCAAAUAAUGGUCCAAAUACAAAUGGGUCUCAAUUCUUCAUCACCUACGGCAAACAGCCACACCUGGACAUGAAAUACACCGUGUUUGGGAAGUGAGUAUUACAGUAUUGAAUUGUAUAAUGCAGGAUUUAAUUCUGUCAUCAUACUCGAGUUGGCGGCCACAUGAACUGCGUCAUGCCAGCCUUAACUUUUUAUGUACAGUGGUACCUAAGGUUACAUACGCUUCAGGUUACAGACUCCACUAACCCAGAAAUAGUACCUCGGGUUAAGAACUUUGCUUCAGGAUCAGAACAGAAAUCGUGCUCCAGCAGCGCGGCAGCAGCAGCGGGAGGCCCCAUUAGCUAAAGUGGUGCUUUAGGUUAAGAACAGUUUCAGGUUAAGAACGGACCUCCGGAACGAAUUAAGUACUUAACCAGAGGUACCACUGUAUAUCAGAAGACGUAUCAUUCCACGAGGUUGAAAAAUUGUCAUCCGAAGUUUGUGCCUUUCUGUGCAGGGAGGUUCUCAUUGCUAUUUUUCAUUUCUUGCCUGCUCAAACAGGGUAAUCGAUGGCUUGGAUACCCUGGAUGAGCUGGAGAAACUGCCAGUGAACGAGAAGACAUUCCGCCCCCUUAAUGACGUCCAUGUUAAAGAUGUUACAAUCCACGCAAACCCUUUUGCUCAGUAGCUGCAAAGCGCCCAUGCAGAUUCCUGGCUUGAAAAACUGCUGGUGGGUCUUUGAAGACACAUGGGCUUGUGCCUUCUCUUGGAAUUACGGACUUCCUAAGCUGUUCAAAUUUCAGCAGUUGAUGAGGGGGAAAGGCCACCGUUUGAUGUGUGAAAUUGUACACAUUUAACAAAUCUGGGCUAAUGUUUUUAAAAUAAAUAAAUACAUAUAUAUAUAUAUAAACUCAUGUUUUCCUGUUAAAUUCCAUCUGGAUUAUACCAGCUGUUCUUUCAAAAUGCUUUGUAUGCAGACUCUUGUCUUCAAGGCCGGGGUUGGUUGAACAAUUGGGACAAAUGGUGUAAUAGUCCCACAACCUUAUGGCAGGCCUCAUCCACACACUUAGGCCUCAUCUACACACCUCAGUGGCCAGCUUGUGGUUUAAUUUCCCUCCCUCCAGGACUCCCUCACACCCAGCCAAAAUGCAGCCCAUAGAAGAAGCCUCCUUGCUCCACAUUGACAUUGCCCUCUUGCGAAGCAAAACACAACUUUUCCAAAUGGGCCCAUGAACUGAGCAGAUGCAGGGAUCAUGAUUAUUUUUGUAAUGGUUUUUGUGUCCCCAUCUAAUCUUGCCUCUUUCUCUUCUCUCUCUCUCUAUUUAUUGAAAGCGGCAAGAUUAAAUAUCUCUCUCUCAAAACUGCAACCUGCCCCACAUCUAGGUUUGCCUAAAAAAUGCCCAGCAAAAUUCGGAUAUACGGCAACCCUUGUUGGGCAAUUAUCCAUAAAAAUAGCUGACACUCAGUGCUUUUUUUCUAAAAAAAAAAUGUUUAGGGGUACGGGCUUUAAUUUUGACUCAAGAAAAUCACCAUUUUGUAGCUCAAAUCAGGGGGAAAUAAAUACAGUAAAUGGACAAAAGUACAAAGAUUCACAAAAUCUUUAGGGGUAUAUGUACCCCUGUGUCCCCCCAGAAAAAAGCACUGCAAAAUAAAAGAUUUUGCAAAAGCAGCUCAACAACUUGGCCCCAAAAAGUUAAGCUUUUGUGUCUGGAUUUUCACUUUUUGAAAUAUGGCAACCCUAGGGCCUUAUGCCCAUUAACUUUUUUUGGCGGGGGGGGGGAGAGAGACUCAAAAGAUUUUAUUGUGGGGGCGAAGGGACUUCUGCUAGGAGUUGCCUCCUGGGGCCAAGGAAUAGAAUAACACAAUCAGGAUCAGCACACCGACCAGCGAAACAGGUGGGCGGGGCUUAUUCCAUCCAAUCAGAACCCCUGGGGAGCGAGGCCCGUGACGCAGCCGCGCACGCGCAGCUAUUGUGACGACCUUCCCACUUCCAGAAGGUUCCUCGCAGCCGGCGCCAUUUUGUCGAGGCGGACGGUUGUUGUUUUUUUUCCCCCAGCGGCGGUUGCUGAGGCCGGAGAGGAGGAGAGACGGGAAGGCUCGUCGUGUCCGGAGACGCCUUUUGAGAAGCGGAGUCGACUCCGAAAAGGAGAGCCGUAAGUGUCGGGUGUGGGUCGCGAAAGGCUCGGCGCCACGAAACGGCCGGUAGUAAUGGCGCGUGAGGGGAAGGAUUCGAGGGGGGAAGGGGGAGCCUCUCCUAUUUUUACCUCACGAUUUUUUUCCCCUCAGGGGGAAACGCACCGGGGUGGGCUUGGCUUGGCUGGUCGAGAAUGGUUUCCCUCCCUCCAAAGCCGAGCCCUUCCCGCCAUGUUCUCCUCCGGGAAGGCGAGCUUAAAAUGGCUUCGAGGCCUUCGGUUUGGCGUCACCUACGCGAGAGGCACGUCGCGUCCCUUUCUAACCGUCCGAGCUCCUCUUGUGAAAUUAAUCCGCUUUUUUGGCGCUUCCUCGGCUCCCACAUGUUGGGGGCAGAACCACCUGCUUUUUGUGUCGUCUCCCCCGAUUUCUCCGAGAUCCGAGGCAGGGUAAACACGAGCGACAUAACUUCCCAGUGCGUCACCGGCGUCGUAGUAAUAAGCGUUGUGGUUUUAGCACAGCAGCGAGCAGGAGUGAAGGGAUAUCUAUUAUGGGGGUUGUUGUAAAAACGACGACAAACAACAUCAUCAACAUGACCUGGCAACCCAGGGGCGGUCUAUUGCCGGAAAAUGCCUUCCGCAGUAACAAAUGGAAUCACGAAAAUUACGAAGGCGGAAUGGAAGUGGGCGGAAAGGAGAUGGGUUCUUCCAGAGAAUAAAUCCGGUUGUGGAAAAUCACAAGCGCGAAGUCCCCUUUUUUCUCUCUGCUUGUUCAGUUCCUGUUUGCCCCUCCCCCCCAAAAAAACCGUACUCUGUAAACAAACCCUGAGUAUUGGCCUUGCUAAAACUAAGGGCGGUGGUUAAAGUAGCAAAAAAGGGGCUGCUUGUUGAUAAGGAGAAGGAAGUUUGCAUAGCCUGGCUAAAAGCAGGAAAGAGAAGAAAAGCCUGUGGUGCUGUUGCUGCCCCAUGGGAAGAGGGUGCCUGAGCUGCAGUGUCGCCACCAGAAAAGGCCUUGUUCUUAAUACCUCCCAGUUGUAAUUCCCGAUUGAGCUCGUUUCGUUGGGUGGGACGUGAAGAGAAAGAAAGGAGCUGCCCAGAGAUCUAUAGGUACAGUGGUACCUCGGGUUACAUACGCUCCAGGUUACAGACUCCGCUAACCCAGAAAUAGUGCUUCAGGUUAAGAACUUUGCUUCAGGAUGAGAACAGAAAUCGGGCUCCAGUGGCGCGGCGGCAGCGGGAGGCCCCAUUAGUUAAAGUGGUGCUUCAGGUUAAGAACAGUUUCAGGUUAAGAAUGGACCUCCGGAACGAAUUAAGUACUUAACCCAAGGUACCACUGUAUAGGUAUAUAAAUAAAAGGAGCGAAUUCAAAACAAUUGAGAAAGAAGUGGGCCACAAGAGAGAAAAAGAGGAGGCAAACCAGUAGGCAUCACCCAUCUGAAUAUGUGCCUGUCUGGACGCUCAGGUCUUCUUCAUCUGAGUUCCUUCUGUGUUCCCCUCCAUCAGAGAUGUGGGGGCUGGCAAUUGGUGGUGCCCCAGCUAGGGUAUGCCGUCUCCAAGGAGGCUUGUUUCUCACUUCACGUCAAAGAACAUUUACUAAAAUACAGUCAAAACACUGAAGUGUAUUCAGGAUCUAGGUAUUGCGUAGCUGAACUAUGCAGUGUCAGUCACUUGUUCCUUUUGUUUUUGUGUGAUUGUGGUUGAUUAUGUCAGUUUCAGUUGGGUUGCUAAUAUAGUUUGUAUACAAAAGGGAAUGACUGGUUUUAAAAAGUUGAAAUCCUAUGGUGUUAAUGCCCAGUAAUAUAUAAUUCUAUUAGCAUAGUAAUACUGUAUUGGCAUACAAGUUUCCCAAAUUUGUGGGCACAUUUUGCCACUGGCUAUACAGUUAACUCAUAUUUGAGGCACGUUUAACUUGUACAAUUUCAACUUUUAUGUGGUUGUUGGCUGGCCAGUUGAAAUUGCAGAAAUUAAAUGCACAGAAGGUGGCAUGCUUAAAAACUAACCAUGCGCAAAAAGAGCUUUUAAGCUCUUCUCCUUGCUUACUGGGCGGCUAUCCUGAGAUCUCAGAUGACCUCACAAGAUCUUGCUGGGAGCCUUUCAGAGCCCAGCAAAGCAAGGUGGAUAGCUUAAAAGCACUCUGCCUUGCUUGGUAUGGUAGACUCUUAGGGUGUGCUGGCUCUGGAAGGUAAGACUUCUCGCGCUGGGGCAUUUCAAGGGGUUUCGAUUUUCGGCACUUGAUCUGUACUGUGGGGUGUAAAGUGCUGUGCUUUUCCAUUAAUAUUAGUGCUUUUUCUUUUCCAUGUUAGGCUUCAUAUUGCAGUGCAUGAAUGGGGAUUGCUGUCACUGCGGUAUUUUGGAAAUCCCUGCUAGUCAGUUGCAUAAGCCGUUGGUAGUAUUUAGUCUCGUUGAUGUGUUUUAGGUGGCAGCAGUUUUGAGUAUAAUCAUUAAGAGUAAUGUGUUGCUAAAAUGUACUGAACUCGCACAUACAUUGAGAAUUAAAGCAAAUGUGGGUUAAAAAUGAGCAGACAAAGAAAUUACAUGAUAGGUAAAAUGCUUUAUUAGGUGCAACCAGUGGUUAAAAAAAAAUAUGCAAGCUUGCAUAGUAACUUGGUGGCAGUACUUCUGAUCAGUUUUUGUGGUAGAAUUGAAGCCAUUUAAAUUGUAUAUUGAAGUUUGAUCUCAUUGCACUGCUUAAUAGACUGAUAGGAAGAGAGAGAUUUACUGGAAAUAGUUCUAAAACUGGUGUAUACAGUAAAAGUUACUGUUGACUUUUUGUCUCAUAAAUGUAUGUAUUUACAGAUGCGGUAUUCAAAGCAAACACACUAUUCUGAUUGGGAAGAAAAACAAUGUUUGGAUCCUAAAAAAGGCAGCAGCCAUCAUAAGAGAAGAAGAGAAUCAUACAGCAGUACGCAUGAGAAAAAGCGCUGCAGAUAUACUCAAACCCAAACUUAUGAUAGGUGAGUUAGUUCACCCCCACCCCAUAUGGCAAGUCUGUAUCUUAUUAAAGUUAUCAAUAUGUAUCAUAGUAUUGUUGAGUUGGAAGGGACCUGGAGGGUCAUCUAGUCCAUCCCCCUGCGAUGCAGAAAUCUCAACUAAAGCAUCCAUGACAGAUGGCCAUCCAGUUUCUGUCUUUAAAUUUCCAAUGAAUACCUUAAAUGUCAGUCUGAAUUUGAAAUACACGUAAACAGACAUAACUUGCAUGCAUGAGAACUGGUAGUUUAAUGUUCCACAUUAUAUUCUUUUGUUUGUUUCUCUCCAAGCCUUUAUUCAGAUGCCAGCUCCUUCCAUGAAAGAGAUAAUCAUGAACGCCGUUAUGUGGAAGAAUACAGAUACAACUACAGUCAACUGUCUGAAACCAGGCACCAUUGCAGAGACCAUGAAAAUGGUUAUCACAACCACAGUAGCAAGUCAUCGGGGCAUAGCGGUGGAAGCAGUUACAAAAGAAAACACAAGACUCAUCAUAGUAAAUCACAUCAUUCACACGCGGUAUGUAUAAUUUAGAGCACCUUGAAUACUUGAAUAAUCACACAAAUGAAGCGAGUUGGAGAUGUAUUUUAGCAUAGAAGUACGCUUUUUCUGCUAGAUCUUACGUUCCUGAAAUGGGAAAGUUCUGUAACGUAGACAAAUAUUUUCUAGUUUUAUUACUAUUGCUUGUUUAUCAGGCAGUAUUCCACUUUUCUGUUUGAAUACCUGAACUAGGCAUUUGUUGGAAGUAUGGCUAAGAUGCACCAUGAAUAUUGUUUCCCCUGUUAGGCAAAAUCAGUGGAACUAGUGGCUUCAAGUUACAUUCUGAAUGUCUUAUUGGACAGUACAAAAAUGAAAGUGGAAUAAAUGCCUUGUAAACUGAGACUGAUGUGCUUGUGUUAAAUGUUAAACACUAUUUAUUAGAUUAAUGUAAUCUCUCAUAACCUUUUUGGAACAGCCAGACAAGACCAUGAUCCCAAAUCAGGAAGGUUGAUGGUGGAGGGAAACAAGUUUAUUUGCACCGAUCUGUCUUACCAAGCUAGCACAUAGGUGCUCCAAGGAUGGGAGUUGCAUGUUUAGUACAGCUAGUACUGUUGGGUUAUCAGCUGAUAGACUUGGUCCACACGUUUCUCUUCCCCACUCACAACCAUCCAGUAGUGGAUCAGUUCUGCCAGAAGUGGUGCUGAUAAUUGGCUGAGGGAGGGAGAAGUCUACAAGGAUAGCAGUGGGUGCUGUGUAAUGCUCAGGAUGGAUAUGUGUAAUCCACAUAUCUCCUCAACUGAAGUGGUGGCUGUGUGCAAUUAAGUAGGUUUUGUGAUUUUUGACAUUACUCACAGAACACCUAUAACAAAUUAUGUGUACUGUACAAUAUGUACUUUAAACGCUUUACGUUUUGUUGACACUCCUUAUUUACCAGUAAAAGGCUGCACAUUAUGCAGUAUAAAUUCCAGUGCUUGUUAUGUUACAGCAUUAAACAGAAGACAUUUUAUUUGCAAAUCUUAAAAUAUAUAGUUUUUCUAGUGAACCAUAUUUUUAAAAGCGUUUAUAUUGUGUGUUAUUGCCUUGCCACUUGAAGUACCUUAUCUGAAAAUCUGUUCCUUGCCAUGUUUUUCUCCUGUAACCCUAAACUAUGUGCCCUGUGAAAUUCUGGGGAAUUUGAAAUUGUUCCUGCCAACCGUUUGUGGCCUGGCGCGUAUCUGAAUGCCUGAAUAUCUCCCUGCUGAAUGAAUUUCGUAUUCUGCCCUGAAUUCACUCGGGUUUAUUGAUUGGCUGGAUGAUCUUGGUGCCGCGCACUUGCCGUUACCAGAGGAGUCACCGAAGGAAAAGAUCGAGGAGUGUAGAGGAUGAUGAGGAGGGUCACCUGAUCUGUCAGAGUGGAGACGUACUAAGUGCAAGAUGUAUAGAAUAUUUUUCAAAACUUAUACACUUUUCAGAUAGAAUAAUUUCUUUUAGAUAAGAAGCCAGGAGUCUUUGGAAGUCCUUUCCUUUCUUUGGUUUUUUGUUCUGUGUUUUGUUUUUUUCUUUGGGGGGGAGAUUAUUUUUAUAUAGAAGUUAAAUUUUAAUUGGAACUUCUUAUAUAGUGAGCAAGUUAAUUUAGAAUGAGAUAGACAUAACUGUCUUGAAGAGUUGUCCAAUUAAAUAUUUUAAAGAUGUCUAGUUACACUUUUUUAACAUAGCGGCACUGCCUAGAACAUAGCAUGGUAUUUUGCAUAAUGACAAUACACCACUGUUUGUAUAACUAAUUUCUCCCCUCUGUUUUUAGAUGAAAUUAUCAGUGUUCUGGGUGAAGGUGCUUUUGGGAAAGUCGUGGAGUGCAUUGAUAACAAAGCGUAAGUUCAACUUUUUUUUGUAAGAGCCUGACACCUAAAUGGUGGCACAUCUUUCUCAGAUCCUUCUAGAGAACCCACCUUCCAUGAAGCUUUUUCCAUAACCCCUUAGUUCUUUCCCUCCAGAUGAAACAAAGAAACCUAGGUACUUAUGAUGGCACUUACACAUGCUCAUCUCCCUUUCCCAUCUGGUUUCAAUUCUUCUGUCUUUUCAUUGCCUAAAUCUAAGUUGUAAGCUCCUCAGAAAGGGGAUCUUUUUGUUUGUUGCUGUGUAAGGCACCAUGGUGCUAUUAGAGUGAUAUUAAAAUGGAUACACCAGCUUUUUGUGGUUAUCAUUUCCCUGAUAGCAUUGUUCAUUCAGCUUGUCAUUUUCCAUCAAAAUAAUAUGCAUUUCCACCAAAAUAAUAUGCUAGAAAUAAUUUAAGUAUUGAUAUAAAUAGUUAUUUAACUGAACAAAACUUGUUUAAACUUUGCUUUAUGCCAUGGAGUAGUCUUGUGACUUUUCAAAACUUUUUUUUUAGGGGAGGCAGACAUGUAGCAGUAAAAAUAGUCAAAAAUGUUGAUAGAUACACAGAAGCAGCUCGUUCAGAAAUAAAAGUACUGGAGCACAUAAAUAAAUCCGAUCCUAACAACAUAUUGUAAGUAUAUUAUAAGAAUGUGAAGUUUUUACAAAUGCUUGCAUGCUGUGUGUUUAUUUGUGUGAUUCCUUUUCAGAAGAAAAUAAUGGGGGCUUUCAUUGGUGUACUGAAUACAAUUUUUUUGUUUAUGUUAAAUUUUAAGUUUGUUUAAGUUGAGAACCCUGGAUCAUCUCUAGCUAAGCUGAAUUUUGAGUUACACCUAUUAAGAUAAAUUGGCUUUAAGUGGGUCUACAGUUAGUAUAACUAACAUUGAGUAUUAUCCUGACUAUUUUGUAGUAUCUUGUGAAUGACAUUAUUAUUGUAUUUACAGUCGCUGUGUCCAGAUGUUGGAAUGGUUUGAACAUCAUGGCCAUGUUUGCAUUGUGUUUGAACUGCUGGGACUCAGUACAUAUGACUUCAUUAAAGAAAACAGUUUUCUGCCAUUCAGUCUUGACCACAUAAGACGAAUGGCUUACCAGAUUUGCAAAUCUGUAAACUGUAAGUACACAUAGCACUUUAUUUCUGUUUCUAAAAUGUCUCUUAAGACUCGAAGCAGUUAGUAGUUAAAAGAAAAAGCACAAUGCACAGUAUAUGUAGGAGCGGUGUUCUGUUUAACAUCUCUUGUAAUAAUUUCCUGACUUCUCUUUACAGUUUUGCAUUCAAACAAGCUAACCCAUACAGAUCUGAAGCCUGAAAACAUACUGUUUGUGAAGUCUGACUACACAGAAGCAUACAAUCCCAAACUGGUAAAUCUCUCAUUUCUUAAAUUAAAAAGCUCCUCUCACCAUUGAUCUCUUUUGCAUGUAUGCUUAGUAAUUAUGGUAUUAUUUCAGAAACGUGAUGAACGUACACUGAAAAAUCCAGAUAUCAAAGUUGUGGAUUUUGGAAGUGCAACAUACGACUAUGAACAUCAUAGUACUCUCGUGUCUACAAGGCAUUACAGAGCUCCUGAAGUUAUUUUGGGUGAGUAGAAAAGUAGUCUAGAAAAUUACUUUUCUUACAGUACUUUUGUGAGUCAUUUUUAGACCAUGCUUAGUAAGGCUGCUUUAGGAGUUGCUAAUAUCAGUUUCUGUUUACCUUCUUGGCACCCUGUGCAUUUUGGAAUUUCAACCUAAAUGCUGAUUCUAAGUAGUUCUAAGUGUAGCAAAUGUUGGUUUCAUCUUGAACUUACAUUAGAAUUAGGGUUUCUUUUUUAGGCAGUCUGUUUUGUGACUUUCCCAUUUACAAAAUAUUAUGAACCUGUUUGAAGAGCUCUUUAAGCAAUUCAGUUGCAGAUCAGUAACACCUUAGGUUUGAAAAAGCUACAUGAUUUUAUGUUAUUAGAUAAGCAUAAUAAUUUAUUUUCUCUCUCCACAGCCUUGGGAUGGUCACAGCCUUGCGAUGUUUGGAGCAUUGGCUGCAUUCUUAUUGAAUAUUACCUUGGAUUCACAGUAUUUCCGGUACGUAACUGCAGAAAUGUUGGAUAUAGAGACAGCAGUGACAAAUCUUAGUGUUAAUUUUUUUUGUGUUUUUUUUAAUGUUACCUGAUGAAUCAGAAUAAACUCCAGUGUUUGUGAAGUAUAUGACCUUCAGUUCUGUAAUGGGACGGCAGCCUCUCUUCUGAUGUCGCAUUUCAAAUUUACUGACUAGUUGAAUUCCAAAAAGGGUUGAGAGGAAUGGAAUAGUACAAACCCUCCUUGUUCACAUGGACUUAGCUGGGUGUUUCUUCAGUUUCAGAGCCCAGUGCUUUGUCCCUUUAUAGCAGUAGUUUGUGUAGUGUGUGCCUCCUGCCAUUGAUCAGUUUCAUGAGCCUUACUAAGUUGCAGCUGCUGUGGAGAGCUGACUGUUUAGGAGCAUGCUAGAUACUAUUUAACCUUACCUUAUAUAGGUACUAUUAUGCAAAAACAAACUUGCUUUCCUCAAAGGUAUGCAGCUGCCAGAGAACCCAGAAGGCAAGUUCUAGCUUUCCUUUUGAGUUUUUCAAGCACACUUAUAUGGCAAUGUUCCAUCUUUCUUAACAGACACAUGACAGUAAGGAGCACCUGGCAAUGAUGGAAAAGAUACUGGGACCGCUACCAAUUCAUAUGGUCCAGAAAACCAGGUAAACUUUAUUUAAGGUUCAAAUUCUAUUUCCUGCCCCAUAGCACAGUGCCAUCCAUUUCUAUUUUACGUUUCCCUUGAUCAGUUUGUAGUCAUUCAUUGUUGUCAUAGCAACCGCUUCACAAAUAAAUGUUGUGAUGAAUACAGUCCAAACGCUCCUUUUUGGAAUAUUCGGCCGGCUAUAGCUAAUGACUUAGGCUUCAACAAUUGGGCUUUCCCUCCUCUCUUGUGGCCCCUGCAGGGGCGAGAGAACAAGGGGAGGAAAGGGAGUGUUUGUUUAAUAUGGCAAGCUGAAAUGCUUUUCCUGACAGAACAAUUGACCUAGUGCAACUUAGGCUGGUUUAUACUGGUGACAGUGUCCAUGUUUACGUUGCAUGGGUGUGGACAAUACUUCCACUGAUGCACAUAAACACAUUAUGGGGAAGCUAUAUGGUAAAUUGCCCCGGAAUGGAAAAUUUUUAAAAUAGUCUGCCUGCUGUUCAGAGAGGCCUCUGACUGUGGACAAUAGAACAUAGUCCUUACAUAAAUUAAAGCCAACCAAGUUGAUACCUUUUGUGGGAGUAAAUUCCACAAUGUAACCAUAUACCUGUGUGUGAACCUACAUGUUGGGCAUGAAAGUGCUUUGUGUUUGAGGCUCUCUAACAACAUGCAGCGACUUCUGAUGGGAACCCAUUCAUCUACAAAUACAAAGCCUGCCUGUUGUAAGCAUGGGUUAGGAGUUAUAACUGCGAAGUGCUUAUAAUAAAUUUAAAGGUAUUCACUAGGUUGACCUGGAAGUAGGUUUGAGAAAUGUCCGUCCUUGUUCUAUAGGCAGUUGUAAUUUGAAGAAUGUUUUUACUUGUAGCAUUUGGUUGCAUAAUUCUAGAGGAACUGAAACAUGCAUUUUCAGCUCUGGUUGUAGUUACUUGUUUUAAUAUUUAUAGACCACCUCUCACUCGUCAGAGUGCAUAUUCAAGAAUAUGGUAGUGUAGGGUAUAAAAUGGCUUGUUAAUGCCAGUGUAGAUCAGGUACUGAGUCACUAUUUGAACUACUUGGCUGCUUGUUUUUUGUUUGAGGAUAGUACCAGGAAGUAUGGCUUACAUAAUUCAAGGUAAGCUCAAUCUAGUAUUUGUGCUCAGUGCACUGCUAGUUUUAGUAUCCAGGACUACUAAAGUGGUACCUCUGGAUGCAAAUGGGAUCCGUUCCGGAGCCCCGUUCGCAUCCCAAAGAGAACGCAAUGCUUCUGCGCAUGACAUGAUUUAGUAAUGCGUUCUGUUACUUCUGGGUCGCCAUGGCGCGCAACCCGAAAACACUCAACCUGAAGCAACUUUAACCCAAGGUAUGACUGCAUAGGGGAAAUGGUACUAACAUGAUGAAGUUGACAUGUCAAAUGGAUUACUCAAGUUACACUUUGAGGAGUUUAGUCGUACCUCGGAAGCCAAACAAAAUCCGUUUUGGAAGCCCGUUCGACUUCCAAAUCGCAGCUUCUGAUUAGCUGCAGCUUAAUUGGAAGCCCCAUUGGAUGUUUGGCUUCCGAAAGAAUGUUUGAAAACUGGAUCACUUCGGUUUUUGAUGGUUCAGGAGCCCAGGUAUGAACAAGGAUAGCAGGGUGAGCAUGCAACUCAUGUCUUCUGGAAGGGGUAACUUUUGCCAUGGGAAGAUGUUCCUGCUCUUAAUGUGUUUUAAGAACCCUGUUCUUUAAUGGAGUUCUAAAUACUGUGGGCGCUUACAGGAAAAGGAAUGCCACACCCCUCAUAUGUUGUCCCUCAAACUCAUUCUUCCUUUUUUGCAUGUGAAAUCACAAGCAACCAAAUGCAGCCUGUCACUCAUAAUUACUACUACUUUUUUUUUUUUACAUAACAAGAAAGCGCAAGUACUUCCACCAUGACCAGUUGGAUUGGGAUGAGCAUAGUUCUGCUGGAAGAUACGUUUCGAGGCGCUGUAAACCCUUGAAGGUAAGAGGUGUUAACUGCAUAACCAUACAAUACUUUCCCCUACCCCUCAUUUGUGUAGUGUCAGGGUGGUAACUUGCUUUCCCUCCUACCCUAGGAAUUCAUGCAGUGUCAUGAUGCUGACCAUGAAAACCUAUUUGAUCUCAUCGGGAGGAUGUUGGAGUACGAUCCAGCCAAAAGAAUUACUCUUGCAGAAGCCUUGGAGCAUCCUUUCUUUUCGCCGUGUAAGGAAAAAAUAUAA